AGUCGGGAGUUGAGUGUUCAGUGGCGACGGAGCGCGCGAGAGUCAUUCUCCCUGAAGAGAAGCGGAGGAGUCGCGUUCAACUCUCCUCGAGCGCGCUUUCCCAGUCUUCCAGUCCGUUGCACGCGCGGGAGGAGAUGAGCGUAUUUUGGACCGUUUGGGCUGUGUGAGAAGCAGCAGCAGCAGCGCGUGGACCCGAGCUGGAUGUAGUGGAGGACAAGCUGCUGGCUGUGGCAGCGGCGCAGCGCGAGCUACACUUUCAGUAAAGUCGCGAGGAGUGUUUCGGACGGCUCCGUGGCGGGUUUUGUGUGUAUUUUGAAAACGACAUAAACUGACAACAGUUGAGUGGAUUUUCCUAAAGUUCCCUGGUCAAUAGAGGUUGGUUUUUUUCUCAUGAAAACUGCGGGACAUCUGGAACCUGAAGGCUGAGUUUCUGUCAAAACUGACUCAUUUAGGUCGGAGGCGGGAAGUGGUCGGGCCCUCCGUUGUCUGCGGCCGGCGUUCAGCGGGACAGCAUGCGGAUGGUGGAGGAUGGGCCCUGAGUUGGAGUCGGUCCCUGCUGCUCUGCGUCGGGCCCCUCCGUCCAGAGGAAUGACGGCUCUGUGGUGCUCACUCUGGCUCUCCCUCCUGCUGCCGCUCUGCGUCUCACCGGCCAGGCUGCCCACCGCUCAGCCCACAGACUCUGUGUCCAGUGAAACUGCUUUCCUGGAGGACUUUAUCUUGGGCAUGGGGGACACCCUGGAGAUGUCAUGCAACCGGGAGGACUCCUCAGAGCCCGUCGUCUGGUUCAAAGACGGCAUCGGACUCUCGUCAGGCAACCGGACGCGAGUCAGCCAACGGAUGUUACGCAUCAUCAACGUGUCGUACGAAGACUCGGGCGUCUACACGUGCCGACUCGCCCAUACCAACACCCUGCUCAACAACUACACCAUCAGGGUGACAGAUUCUCUGUCAUCUGGUGAUGAUGAAGACUAUGAUGAAGAUCCAGAAGAUGCAGGUAAUGGAAAUGAAGCUCCUUUUUGGACCAAGCCCGAACGGAUGGACAAGAAGCUUCUGGCCGUCCCUGCAGCCAACACCGUCAAGUUCCGCUGCGCCGCCGACGGAAACCCGAUGCCAACCAUCCACUGGCUCAAGAACGGCAAGGAGUUCAAGGGCGAGCAGAGAAUGGGAGGCAUCAAGCUGAGACACCAGCAGUGGAGUUUGGUGAUGGAAAGCGCCGUGCCGUCGGACCGGGGAAACUACACCUGCGUGGUGCAGAACAAGUACGGCACCAUCAGUCACACCUACCAGCUGGACGUGUUGGAGCGCUCGCCCCACCGGCCGAUCCUCCAGGCGGGCCUGCCAGCCAAUCAGACAGUGGUGGUGGGCAAUGACGUGGAGUUCCACUGCAAGGUUUACAGCGACGCCCAGCCGCACAUCCAGUGGCUCAAACACAUCGAGGUGAAUGGCAGCCGCUACGGCCCUGACGGCGCCCCCUACGUCAACGUCCUGAAGACGGCCGGUAUUAACACAACAGAUAAGGAGCUAGAGGUUCUCUUCUUGACCAAUGUAACUUUUGAGGAUGCGGGCGAGUACACUUGUCUGGCGGGGAACUCUAUCGGCUUUGCUUACCACUCCGCCUGGCUGACGGUGCUUCCAGCAGUGAACUCGGGCAAAGACGACUACUACGCCGACAUCCUCAUCUACCUGACGGGCUGCGUGCUCUUCGUCUUCGCCGUGGUCAUCGUCUUCCUCUGCCGCAUGAGAAUGACCACGCCGAAGACUCUCCCCACACCACCUGUGCAGAAACUGUCAAAGUUCCCCCUCAAGAGACAGGUAACAGUUUCCUUGGAUUCUAACUCCUCCAUGAACUCCAACACGCCUCUGGUUCGGAUCGCUCGGCUGUCGUCCAGCGACGGGCCCAUGCUGGCCAACGUCUCAGAGCUGGAGCUGCCCUCUGACCCCAAAUGGGAGUUUCCUCGCACAAGGUUGACCCUGGGUAAACCUCUGGGGGAGGGCUGCUUCGGUCAGGUGGUCAUGGCGGAGGCGGUCGGCAUUGACAAGGAGAAGCCCAACAAGCCUCUCACCGUCGCUGUGAAGAUGCUGAAAGACGAUGCAACAGAUAAAGAUCUAUCAGACUUGGUGUCAGAGAUGGAGAUGAUGAAGAUGAUAGGCAAACACAAAAACAUCAUCAACCUGCUGGGAGCGUGCACUCAGGACGGUCCUCUGUACGUCCUGGUGGAGUACGCCUCCAAAGGGAACCUGAGGGAGUACCUCAGGGCGCGCCGUCCUCCAGGCAUGGAUUAUUCCUUUGACACCUGCAAAAUCCCUGACGAGCAGCUGACCUUUAAAGACCUGGUGUCCUGCGCCUAUCAGGUCGCCCGAGGCAUGGAGUACCUGGCUUCACAGAAGUGUAUCCACAGAGAUCUGGCAGCCAGAAACGUUCUGGUGACGGAUGACAACGUCAUGAAAAUAGCCGACUUCGGUCUCGCCAGAGACGUGCACAACAUAGACUACUACAAAAAAACCACAAAUGGUCGUCUGCCCGUGAAAUGGAUGGCUCCGGAGGCUCUGUUCGACCGGGUCUACACGCACCAGAGCGACGUGUGGUCUUACGGGGUUUUGUUGUGGGAGAUCUUCACCCUGGGUGGGUCGCCAUAUCCGGGGAUCCCAGUGGAGGAACUCUUCAAGCUGUUGAAAGAAGGACACCGGAUGGACAAACCUGCCAACUGCACGCAUGAGCUGUACAUGAUCAUGAGGGAGUGCUGGCAUGCCAUCCCGUCUCAGAGGCCCACCUUCAGACAGCUGGUGGAAGACCUGGACCGGAUUCUGUCCAUGACUUCCACUGAUGAGUACCUGGACCUGUCGGUGCCGUUCGAGCAGUACUCCCCGACCUGCCAGGACUCCAACAGCACCUGCUCCUCCGGAGACGACUCCGUGUUCGCCCACGACCCGCUGCCCGACGAGCCCUGUCUUCCCAAACAGCCUCCCAGCAACGCCGUCAUACGGACAUAAGAGCCCGGCCGCGGAGGUCACGACCUCCGCUCACACUCUGUGACAAAUAAUCACGUCUCAUAGAGUCAAGACUCCUCAAGAUAUGGAAAUUAAGACUUCAUGCAAUACUUCUGCAGCUCGUCUUAAACUCUCCAGGCUUUUUUCCUCCGAUUAAAAAGACACUUCGAACAUUGAAGGAUUUUUUUUGUUAGUUUUUUUUCUCUUUUUUUUUUGGCUGUUUGCGUUCUUUUCAGGAAUGAAAUUCUAUUUUUAUACUCUGGCCAGUCUUUUGCUACAAACAGUGGUGUGGUGAAACCAUUCCGUGCCUCCUGGGAUUUAAACCUCCCGGGACUGAAUUCAGAAAUCGUAGGCGAAGGACGUGAAGGGCAUUUCGAAGGCGACCAAGUAGUGGUGCGGAUCUAUCUCCUCUAGAUCUGCACUGAUCACAGCAGAAUGCUCCCUCAUGAACAGAAUCCAGGAAGACGUUUUCCAGCAGAACUCAGAGGAGAAGCUGUGAGAGGCGAAGCCCUCCAGCCGCAGCGGGUUUCCUCAGUGUUAACGUUUUUGGGGCUUUUUCAUCCUAAGAACAGUUUGGUUUUUUUUUUUUUUUUUUCUGGCGAGGAGGAUGUCAGGCCCUUUCAGUAAUAAGAACAGCGCCACUUGGAGGACGUUUUUGGUUUUUUUCUAUAUCUAGAAAGUGAUUUAUUGUAAAUAUAUAAAUGCAAAUAUGUAUCAUAUCGCUGUCCACAGCCAUGUAUGUAAAAGACAAAAACAGAAAAAAAAUUACAUUUAAAAAAAACACAGUUUAUUUGAGAAUGGAAGACACUGUCUAUGCUUUGAAAACAUUGAUUUAAAUUUUUUUUUUGGGGGGGGGGGAGUGGAAAAAGGUUUUAUUUGAAUAAUUAACAUGUAUAUUUGUAAAGGUAUUUAUAGACUUAACAUGCGGUUCUUAAGUUUGAAAACUUCUAGGUUUAGGUAUUUUAGUACUGUACACAAAGAUUUUUAUUUCGACUUUUUGUAACUUAUUUUGCAACAGAAAUGAUUUUGUCACAAACUGGCAGACGAUUUUUUUUUUGUUUUGUUUUGUUUUUUUUGAUCCACCAUUUUUUUUUUUUUUUGUUGGUUUGUUUACUGUCCGAAACAGAGAAAUGAGAAUGUAUGGCAGGAGACGACGUUUCUGAGAGCGAGUGUAGUGCGACGGCCGGACGUUGACCUGUGACUCCGGAGCGCCACCCGGAGGUGCUGCUGGGUUCUGCCGAGUUCUACUUCUGGUUUCACAUGUUGGCAUUUGCACUAAGGAAAGAAUGAUGAACUCUUGCUGGGCAAGAAAUAGCAGCGCAUCACAGAGACCUUUCACACAGACCGUCAUUCUCAAAAUAAAGUGCACUUUCUGUCAAUCCUAAAGUUUUAAAGCAUGAAUUUGACUUUUAAAAGUACGUAAAUCUGACUUUGCAAAUAUACUCACUGCAGAUUCCAUCAAGUUAUUUAUUAAACAAAGAUGUGAUCAGAGUUUUAGGGUUUGUUCAAACGCCUUGUCCACACGUAGCCGGGUGUUUUAUGAAGACCAAUAAAAAAAAUAUUGUACAAUUGGGAUCGUUUUCAUCCACCGGAACCUGCACAUAUUCGCUACUGAAAGUUGUUUUCAUCAUGCCGAACCCAUAGGGGGCAGCGUAGCACAAAGCUAAGACAUAUAUCAGCCAAUCGGAUUGCUUCAAAACGAUCACUACUCCCUGUUUGGAAUUAAAAAGCAUUUGUGUUGCCAGGUAUGUAGGUUUUAUUAGUUUUAAAUUAGUUGUCGAUUGGGAAUCAUGUCAGAACAUAUAUGUGGAUAUUUUAGCACAGUAUUUGUUGCGGUCUGUAACUCACGGAACCCCAAAUUUCCGUUUUCCCAUAUGCACACACAAAUACUUCUUGUCUUGUCAAAUUUGACCUGGUCUGAGUUCUUAAAAUUGUUUUUAGUGAUAUGAAACUGAGUU